UCAAAACAUUCCAAUAGUUUCAAGUUGGUUUUAUUUAUGUUUUUGUUUGGUUGAACACACGUGUGUAGAGUAACUUUUAUAUAAUAGUAUUUUAAAGAUCUGUUUAGUUAUGUUAAUUAUUUUUGUUAAAUGUCUUUGUUAUCUUAAACUGGUUUGUCGCCUGUUUUUCUUAUACCAACUUAAGUAGGUAACUCAAAUGCUCAAACUUGAUUUUUUAGUUAUUAUUAUCAGUGACCAUUGACAAUAAUGUAUUCAUCUUAAUAAUAGCACAGAGCAUAUGUGGCAUCAGCAUCAUUGGAGUUUACCACUCAGCAUACAUACUUAACACACAUGAAGAAAGAAUUGUUUACGGUAUACUGUAAAUAAUACAAACUUAUAACAAAAAGCCAUAUGUAUAUGUCUAUUUAUAUACCUAAUUAAUGAUAUGAUAUGCAACUUUCAAGGUUGACAUAAUAUGUUAUGUUCUAAUAAUUAAUUAAAUAUAUGUCUAUUAAAUGUCAAAUUAUAAUUAUAGAAUAUGUACUUACAUUAUUUAUACAAAUAAAUAAAAUAAUAUUUUACUUCAUAAAUAUAUUGAAAAAUUGCAGUCUUGCUGUUGAGGAAAACAAUUAAAUAUAUCUGAUAAUGUAAUGGGAAUAUUAUAUUAAAAUUAUAUAGAAUAUUACUUAUUAGUUGCUAGAAACUAAACUACGAAUUUAAUUAAGAACAGUGUCAGAAAUAUAAGAAAAGAAGUCUUCCUCAAUUUUAUUUUUAUUAUAUUUUUUAAUAUGGCGUCGGGUAAUAAAAAUGAACAUAUUAUCACAACUCAACCAACAAGCAAAGUUGGUGAUCUGGAACAUCCUGAAACAUUAAUAUCAGAAGAAGAAAGACAACUAGAAGAGGAACGUAAAAGACAAGAGGAAGAGAGAAGGAGACAAGAUAGUAUCAGUGAUGAUGCAUUGAUUGAUUGCUGUUUUGUAAUUCCUGAUGAGCAGGAUACAUGUUGGUGUCUUCGUUUGCUCUCAGACUGUUGUGUAUGGUUCAACACAUGCAAUAAUUCUUGUUUCCAGGAAUGUGCAAAUUGCUUGAGUAAUUGUUGUGAUGGAGACACUGAAAAUGAUACUGGACAUGGUGAUGGAUGCUGCAAUGGAAGUAAUGAUGAGGGUGGCUGUGAUUGUGGUGAAAAUUGUUGUGAUUGUGGUGACAAUUGUUGUGACUGGUAAGCGUGUUUACAAUUCCUGUGCAAGGUGCAAUAUAAUCACAAAGAAAGACACAGGAUUAUAUGAUUGCCCCUUAGAACUUAUAUGGUACUUGCUACGACCACGUUCUAUUAGCGCAUUGACUGCUACACCCCACUCUCUUUGGUAAUGUGCCAAUCGUAAGAAACUGAUGUCCCACCGCGAUGUCAGACUUGAUAAUGUGAGCCUAGUCUUAAACUCAGAGUCUAUGCAUAGACUCACUUCCUGCCACCUAAAUGUUAAAUUGUUUAUUUUUUUGUUCACUCUUUCGCGCGUGCUUGUGCUUACGAAUCAUCUCAAAGAAAUAUAAUGUGAAGUCAAAAAUAAAAUUAUAAAAGAAAGUAAAAUCUUUUAUAAUUUUAUUUUAUAUUUUACAGGUUUUAUUAUCCAGAGACAUGUUUAAGAUUUUUAAAUUAUCAAUAAAGUUUUUGCAGUCAUAGUCAUUUGUGUCCGCCAUUUUGCAAUGUUAAUUAAUUAUAAAAAAAGG